AUGGCCCUCUCCGGCGCCAUCAUCGCCACCGCCUGCGUCGGCUCCGUGUACGCCCUCCGACGGCGCAUGCUCGGCCGCGGCGAGGGACGGGGACGCAGUCUGGCGACACUCGAGCCGCUCCCCGACGUCGCGGCGCUGAGUCCUCUGGUGCUGCGCGUCCUCGGCGGCAACCCAGGCCUGUAUACGCUGCAAGGUACCAACACGUACCUCGUCGGCAGCGGAGAGAGCCGGAUCCUGAUUGAUGCCGGCGAGGGCAGGCCAGACUACCUCCCGCGGCUGCUAUCUGCCAUGGAGGGCGCUGGCGUGCGGCGCGUGAGCGACGUGCUCAUCUCUCACUACCACCGCGACCACACGGAAGGGCUGAUCGAGCUGCGGCGGCACUUUGGCCCCUCGCUCCGCGCGUGGAAGGUUGACCCGCCUUAUGCUGGCGCUCACGGGCCCUCCGCCUCGCCGGUUUUUGCAGAGGUGCGCCCGCUGCAGGGCGGGGAGGACGGCUCAGCGUCGCUUCGCGUGCUGUGCACCCCGGGCCACACCCCGGACCACGCGUGCUUCGAGCUUCGCGAGGAGGGCUCCGUCUUCACCGGCGACUGUGUGCUCGGCGGCUCCUCCGCGGUCUUUGAGGACCUGCACGACUACAUGACAUCGCUGAAGAGUGUGCUGGCGGUGGCGCGGGGGCGGCUCUACCCCGGACACGGGCCUGUGAUAGAGGACGGCGCCGAGGGCAUCCGCAGCUACAUCGGCCACCGCGAGGCGCGCGGGGGAGAGGGGCGAGGCUCGGCAGAGGCGGGAGAGGAGGCGCGCGAGGCGCAGAUCGUCGCCGCCCUCGAGCAGACGUCGUGGUGCGGGCUCUCGCCACUGGGGCUUGUGCGCCGCGUCUACCCGCGGCUGCCCUGGACGCUGCGCCUCGCCGCGGCGCACAACGUCGCGCAGCACCUCGACGCGCUGCAGAGGCAAGGCAGGGUGGCUCGCCGGGCGUGGCUGCCGCUGCCCCGCGGGUACUUCCGCCUCAUCGCGAUGCUGGCCAGCUGGUGGCGCCUUCUGUGA